CGUCACGUGACCCACACUAGCCACGUGACCACAGACUUCACUGGCUCCUAGGCGCCAGCUUUUCUCUCCGAGUUAAUCUCGUGUCCUGGUCUUACCCCGGCCCAAUGGAAGAGGACGAUGAGGAAGCGCGAGCGCUGCUGGAAGGUGGCCUCAGUGAGGCUGGCAGAGGUGCCGCUGCCAUCUCUCCUAUCCCUGGAGCGCUGCCGGCCCUUUGCGACCCUAGUCGCCUGGCGCACCGGCUUUUGGUGCUGUUGCUGAUGUGCUUCCUGGGCUUCGGCAGCUAUUUUUGCUAUGAUAAUCCUGCUGCCCUUCAGACUCAGGUUAAACGGGAUAUGCAGGUGAAUACAACGAAAUUCAUGCUGCUAUAUGCCUGGUAUUCUUGGCCAAAUGUAGUUUUGUGUUUUUUUGGUGGCUUUUUGAUUGACCGAGUAUUUGGAAUACGAUGGGGCACCAUUAUUUUUAGCUGCUUUGUUUGCAUUGGACAGGUGAUUUUUGCUCUGGGUGGAAUAUUUAAUGCUUUUUGGCUGAUGGAAUUUGGAAGGUUUGUGUUUGGGAUCGGUGGGGAGUCCUUAGCAGUUGCCCAGAAUACAUAUGCUGUGAGUUGGUUUAAAGGCAAAGAAUUAAACUUGGUGUUUGGACUCCAGCUUAGUAUGGCUAGAAUUGGAAGUACAGUAAACAUGAAUCUCAUGGGAUGGCUGUAUUCUAAGGUUGAAGCUUCAUUGGGUUCUGCUGGUCACACAACCCUUGGGGUCACACUUAUGAUUGGGGGUAUAACAUGUAUUCUUUCACUAAUCUGUGCCUUGGUUCUCGCUUACUUGGAUCAGAGAGCAGAGAGAAUCCUUCAUAAAGCCCAAGGAAAAACAGGUGAAGUUAUUAAGUUAACUGAUGUGAAGGACUUCUCCUUACCCCUCUGGCUGAUAUUUAUCAUCUGUGUCUGUUAUUAUGUGGCAGUGUUCCCUUUUAUCGGACUUGGGAAAGUUUUCUUUACAGAAAAAUUUGGAUUUUCUUCCCAGGCAGCAAGUGCUAUUAACAGUAUUGUAUAUGUCAUAUCAGCUCCCAUGUCCCCAAUAUUUGGGCUCCUGGUGGAUAAAACAGGAAAGAAUAUCAUCUGGGUUCUGUGUGCCGUGGUGACAACUCUCGCUGCCCACAUCAUGCUGGCCUUCACGUUGUGGAACCCUUGGAUUGCUAUGUGUCUCCUGGGACUCUCUUAUUCGUUGCUUGCUUGUGCAUUGUGGCCGAUGGUGGCAUUUGUAGUUCCUGAACACCAGCUGGGAACUGCAUAUGGCUUCAUGCAGUCCAUUCAGAAUCUUGGGCUGGCAAUCAUUUCCAUCAUUGCUGGCAUGAUAUUGGAUACUCGGGGAUAUUUGUUUUUAGAAGUUUUCUUCAUUGCCUGUGUUUCUUUGUCACUUUUAUCUGUGGUCUUACUCUAUGUGGUGAAUCGUGCCCGAGGGGGGAACCUAAAUUAUUCUGCAAGACAAAGGGAAGAAAUAAAACUUUCUCAUGCUGAAUGAAAAACUUGAAUGACUGUGUCAUGAGGAGCUGCACACAUCAUUGGUCUGAAAACCUCACUUUUUUUUUUUUUUUAAAUCUCGAGUUUAAUCAGGAAUAAUAAUGGUCUGGAAAUUUAUAUUUAUAUUUCAAAAGCACCUAUUUCAAAGUAUAUUUGUGAGGAAUAUCUUAGCUUGUGUCUUAUGUAUUGUUUAUUGUUAAUGAAUUCCACUUUAGACUAGGCUAAUCAACAGUAAGGUUUAGAAAGUUCCUCUGGAAUAUGCAGGUGAACUUUGGUAAGGACAGUAAAUAAUGGAAAACUUGGAUCUGGCAUUGAGAUAAUUUUCAGAAGAUGUUUCUUAAGGAUAUGGCUUUUUUUUUUUUAAAUCUUAAAAAAAAGCUUUUGAGAGGGUAGAAGGGAUAUUUUAUACAGAAUAAACAAUGUCAUUUUAAUAGGCAUUCCAUGUUUCUGUAGGGAAUAUUUGAAAGAUAUCUUUUAUGCAGUCUCUUCAUUUUUACAAAUAGAUUGUAUUCUGCUAUCUUUAGUUAUAAGAGGUUGCUGAGCAGUGACCCUCUUGAGCUUCUUUAUCUCUCCAUUACUGAGGACACUGAUCACUUAGGGAUGUAAUUUUAUGGUACAAACUUUCUGUACAGUUUUUUCUUAUAGUCUAAUUAAUUACUAAAAAGUGUCCUUUAAAUUAUGAUAGUUGCAUAUCUACCUGAAUGAAAACACUGCAAAAGGAGUACUUAUCUUCUAAAACUUUAUUUUAAAAAAUACUAAAAUACUGAUUUUAAGUCUUAUUUAUUUGGAAGACUAUUUCUGUAAGAUAAUCAACGUCAGAGUAAAGAAAAUUUGUCUUUGAAAAUCAAUGGAGUACUUUUUUCUCCAGAGUAGAACCUAAGUAACAUGUAUGAUUUCCAAGUUAAAUAAAAUACAAGUGUAAAAUUUCUUUUAACAAACUUAAAAACUUUUUAAUUGACUUAGUUUUAGCAUAUUAUAUAUUAAAGUCAGAGAAUUUUUCAUGUUUUUGCUCUCCAGGAGUAUGCAGGUAUUUUAGACAACUGUUAAACUGUCAUAUUUAGCUAGUUGUAUUGUUCAAAAUAGGACAUAACAUUGUAUGCUUGAAAGUUCUGGAACAGAUUGAAAGUACAUUCCUUGUUCAGAUCAAGUUUAUUUACAUCCAUUUUUCUGAUUGUAGUUUUAUUGUGUCAUUAUUCAGUUGUUUGUUUUUUUGGCUUUGACUGUCAUGUGACUUUUGUAGCCCAGAUUAUUGAAUGUUGGUUUUACCAGCUGGUGAGAGUGGAAGAAACCAGUUGCUACUGCUGCUGGAGGGCUUGUGUGGUCUGGCCCCUGCCUUACUCUUUCCAUCGCCUCUGUGCCUCAGCCAUAAUGAGCUGCUUCAUUACAUUUUUUCAGAUGGGUCCUCUUCCUUGCCUUUUCAGGGGCUUUGUCCUUGCUGUUCCCUUUGCCUAGAAUAUUUCAUCCAGGAUUCUCUACAACCUGGUUUUCCAUGAUUUACAACAGAAACCUUAGUCCCAGCUCAGACGUAUUUUUCCCAGGGAAACUCUUCCAGACCUUCAGGCUAUAUCAAAUUCUUCUAAAAUUUUUGUGAUUUUUUAAAAGCCCCAUAUUUUUCCUUCUUUGUUGACCUCAGCUUAUAAUGAAGAAUUUGUAAUAGUGUGGGUGGGGGCGUCUCUCUCUUCCUUUAGAUUGUAAGCUCCAUGAGGGCAGGGACUGUGUCUAAUAUGUUCAUUAUGAUUGUGUUGAUAGUUCCUAGCUAAAGUAGGCACAAAAUAAAUAUUUUUUUGAAUGACAUAUAAAUAAAAAGAAUAAAAUGAAAUAA